AUUCACAAAGAAAUGGUAAUGAAUGACAUUUUGUGUAUUAAACAAGAUAUUAUAAUUUGUAAACAAUUAAAACAACACAGAGCAAAGAAGAGAGAAACAAAAACACAACAUUUGUUCUCGUUUGACUCUUCGAGUUCUCCACAUCGCCGGUCCUUCUCCAUACUGCUAGUCACCGCAAGUCCACCGCCGACUCACCGGUCUAUCAUUCAAGUUAGCACCCAAAGAAGCCCCUCUCACAUAAAGUGUAUUUGUCGCUAUCGUCAUCCAACAGUGUCACCGUCACCGUCAUCAUCACCGUCUUUUCUCAGGUUUGAAAAAUGCCUUCAUCCAAUCUAACUCCUGCUCUAGAAAAUGAUAAUGUUCCAAUAAAUUCAAGUCAGCCAGAGCAUAACCCACAAGUCAAUGAAAAUGACCAUGAUCAUGUGAUUGAAGAUUCAUUCCAGAAGAGGAAGAGGAAAAGGAAAAAAACUUCUCCUGUUUGGAAUGACUUUGACGAAGUUGAAAUUGAAGGAGGCGUGAUGAAGGCUGUUUGCAGAUACUGUAAAUACCAAUUCGCAACUGGUGGUCCAGGGGCCAGCACUAGCCAUUUAAAAAGACAUUCUGAAAACUGCCUGCAAAGGAAGCUCCACAUGGCUAAAGAGAAGAAGCAAACUCUUAUUCCUUUCCAACCUUCUAAUCAGGAUAAUCCAUUUAUUGGGGAGAGAUAUACAAAUGAGAAGAUGAGAGAAAUCAUCGCUACUGCUAUUAUGGUACAUGAACACCCAUUUAGUGUGGUGGAGGAUGAAAUAUGGAUGUGGGCUUUCCAAUACGCAAACUCAGAUUUUCAUAAAAUCGGUCGAAAAACAGCAAGAGCAGAUUGUUUAAGAAUAUAUGAGGAAGAGAAGAAAACUUUGAAGGAUUUAUUGAGAAAAAUUGGAAAAAUUAGUAUAACUACUGAUAUGUGGAGAUCAAGUCACCAAGUGGCUGAAUAUAUGGUUAUCACUGGCCAUUUCAUUGAUUAUGGAUGGAAACUCCAAAAAAGGGUGUUGAGUUUUGUGAAAAUUCCUGCUCCAAGGCGUGGGAUUGAUGUGGCUGAUGCAAUUUUCAAGUGCUUGAAAUCUUGGGGAAUUGAGAAUAAGAUAUUUUCAGUUUCAGUCGACAAUGCUUCUUACAACGAUUCUUGUUUAAAAAGUUUGAAGGAAGACUAUCCACUAAGCAGAAUGUUAGUUCUUGGAGGGGCAUUGUUUCAUGUUAGAUGUUGUGCACAUGUACUAAAUUUGUUAGUGCAAGAUGGUCUUAGCCAAAUUAAGGAUGUCAUUGGCAAAGUUCGUGAAAGUGUGAAGUAUAUUAACCAUAAUGAUGCAAGAUUGAAAGCUUUUUGUGAUGUUGUUGAACAAAAGGGUCUGAAAGAUAGGAAGCUCAUACUUGAUUGCCCAACAAGAUGGAAUUCUACAUAUCACAUGUUAUCCGCUGCAUUGAAAUUCAGGAUUGCAUUUCCAUCUUAUAAGGAAAGAGAACCACAUUAUAAGUAUGCACCUUCAACUGAAGAUUGGGACAAUGUUGAGAAAGUUUGUCAAUUUCUUGAAGUGUUUAAUCUUGCCACUCUUGUUAUAUCAGGUAGUGAGUACCCUACUUCUAAUUUAUAUCUUGCGGAAGUUUGGAGGGUGAAGCAAGUCAUUGAUAAAGCAACAGAAGAUACAAAUUCAUUUAUGAGAGAAAUGGCAGCUUCUAUGAAAUUAAAGUUUGACAAAUAUUGGGGUGAAUGCAAUUUGUUGAUGGCUAUUGCUAGUGUUUUGGAUCCAAGGAGCAAAUUUCAUACUGUUGAUAUAUGCUUUCCAUUGAUAUAUGAAGCUGAAGUUGCUAAAGAGAAUAUAAAGAAGGUGAAGAAUUCAUUAGAGGAGCUAUAUGCUGAAUAUGUUUCUCUAAGUCUGCAAGAGUCAUCUUCUAAUGAAGUCCAUACUAGUGGCAUCAAUUCAUCAUCAUCAUCUUCGAUCCAAUCUCAACCUUCAGUUAUCACCGGAUUUGACCGAAUCAUGAGUAUUGUGCGUGAAAAGGAAGCUGUUCCUGCAGUGAAAUCAGAAUUACAAACUUAUCUUGAUGAAGGUGUUUACAUUCCCGAUGGAGAUAAUAGCUCUUUUAGCGCAUUGGAGUGGUGGAGGAACAAUAGCUUAAAAUAUAAAAUCUUAUCAAAGAUGGCUGCUGAUAUUCUAGCUGUUCCUAUAUCUACCGUGGCCUCAGAAUCUACUUUCAGUGCCGGAGGCAGAGUUAUUGAUGAAUAUCGUUCUAAACUGAAUGAGAAAUCUAUAGAAGCACUUAUUUGUGGUGGGGAUUGGCUUCGUCACAAGUAUAACUUGAAACAAAAGUCUAAGGUGGCGGCUGAACAACAUCAAGAGAUCACCUUAAAAAUUUGAGUCUUUUUUGAUGGAUUAUAAUGAUAUUUUGAAUUUUCUGCCGGUGUUUAAACUAAUGCAGUCUGCUGUUGUUCUUCUUGUGUUUUAACAUAUUGUCAUUCUGUCUGUUAUGUUAGUAUUAGUAGAAACUUGCUUGUGGUGUAGUGGCUUAAGGUAAUACUGUAUUUGUGUUAUGAAUUUGA